UCUCCUCUUCUAUUGAAUCUCAGAGUUGGCCGUGACGCGCGGCCCAGGGGAAGACCACAUCGAUCUCAGCAGAAUGCCACGACCGUCGAGUGCGCUCACCCUCCUUCCACUCGUGCACGGGGAUCACUUUACCCACGGCGCUUUCUGAGAGAAACUUCACAACUUUUUGGGUUUUUCCUCCAGAGGCUCGGCGAGUGCGGUGGAAGCGGCGGAGACCUCCGGAUCACGAAAUGUUGGGAUGGAAGGCGCAGACUUUGACUCGCCGUCUCCGACCGGAGUAUGAAGCCCUACUUCACGGGAUCUCCGAGAGUGAAACCCUGCCGCCGCCGCGGGAUAUCGCUGCACGCUUUCGGGGAGCUACUCUAACGUGGGAAUCGGUGACCACCGCGCAGUCCCCGCAACAUGGCCUCGGCUGCUAAUGCGCCCUCCGAGCAGGAAAACAGAGACCCCGACCUGCCGAGAGUAACGCGGAGGAGCAGGGGGGACUAUACCCGCGGCACACCGCUGGAUUUGGAGUAUUUGCAGCGGCCGAGCUACUGCGAUGCCGGCUUCGCUUUGCAGCAAAUAACAGAGGGGAAGGCGACCGGGAGGAAAGCCCCUCUAUGGCUGAGAGCGAAGUUCCAGAGACUCUUAUUUAGGCUGGGCUGCUACAUCCAAAAGAACUGCGGAAAGUUCUUGGUGGUGGGCCUCAUGAUUUUCGGAGCUUUCGCCGUGGGCUUGAGGGCCGCUAAUUUGGAGACGGACGUGGAGAAACUCUGGGUGGAAGUUGGCGGACGUGUGAACCAGGAACUGAGGUACACGCGGCAGAAGAUCGGCGAAGAGUCCAUGUUUAACCCUCAGUUGAUGAUCCAGACGCCGCGGGAGGAGGGAGCCAGCGUCCUAACGGUGGAGGCGCUCCUGCAGCACCUGGAGUCAGCCUUGCGAGCCAGCAGAGUUCAUGUUUACCUUUACAGCAGACAAUGGAAAUUAGAAAAUUUAUGCUACAAAUCAGGAGAUCUUGUCACGGAAAUUCCUUUUAUGGAUCUGUUCAUAGAAAAGCUACAUCCCUGCCUCAUCAUCACCCCUCUGGACUGUUUCUGGGAGGGAGCCAAGCUCCACUCUGGAAUGCUCUACCUCCAAGGUAAAGACCCUCUUCAGUGGACCAACUUGGACCCUAAAGACUUCCUUGAGGAACUGCGAGGGACCGAUAUCGCCGUGGAAGCCUUUGAGGACAUGUUGGAAAAGGCAGACGUUGGACACGGCUACAUGGAUAGACCCUGUCUGAACCCUGCUGACCCCGACUGCCCCCUCACCGCGCCCAACAAGAACUCAACUAAGCCGUUCGAUGUGGCGCGGGCCCUGAACGGCGGCUGCCAUGGUCUGUCCAGGAAGUACAUGCACUGGCAGGAGGAACUGAUCGUGGGAGGGACCACCAAGAACGGCAGUGGACCCCUGCUCAGUGCCCAGGCCUUGCAGACCAUGUUCCAGCUGAUGACUCCCAAGCAGAUGUUCGAGCACUUUCGCGGCUACGAUGAUGUUUCCCACAUCAACUGGAACGAGGAGAAGGCAGCAGCCAUAUUGGAAGCCUGGCAGCGAAGAUACUCUGAGGCGGUGCUGCAGAGUGUGGCAGCAAAUUCGUCUCAGAAGGUCUUGUCCUUCACCUCAACCACUCUGGAAGAUAUUCUCAAGUCCUUCUCUGACAUUAGUGUCAUCCGCGUGGCCAGUGGAUACCUGCUGAUGCUGGCCUAUGCGUGUCUGACCAUGCUGCGGUGGGACUGUGCCAAGUCUCAGGGCGCCGUGGGGCUGGCGGGCGUCCUGCUGGUGACACUGUCGGUGGCAGCGGGCCUGGGCCUCUGCUCUCUCCUCGGCAUCUCCUUCAAUGCUGCGACCACGCAGGUGCUGCCCUUCUUGGCUCUGGGAGUAGGAGUGGACGACGUCUUCCUCCUCGCUCACGCCUUCAGUGAGACCGGACAGAACAAGAGGAUCCCGUUCGAGGACCGUACGGGGGAGUGUCUGAAGAGGACCGGGGCCAGCGUGGCCCUCACCUCCAUCAGUAACGUCACAGCAUUCUUCAUGGCAGCCCUCAUCCCCAUCCCGGCGCUCCGAGCCUUUUCUCUGCAGGCUGCAGUGGUUGUGGUGUUUAACUUUGCCAUGGUGCUGCUCAUCUUUCCCGCCAUCCUCAGCAUGGACCUCUACCGUCGAGAGGAGCGACGUUUCGACAUCUUCUGCUGCUUCUACAGCCCAGGUGCCAAUCGUGUGAUCCAGAUCGAGCCUCAGGCCUACCUGGAUGGGGCGGACGGGAGUCGUUACAGCCCUCCCCCGUCCUAUCGCACCCCACCUCCCACAUAUCGCACUCCUCCCCCGAGCUACAGUAGCCCUCCUCCCUCCUACAGCAGCCAUGGCUUUGCCCAGCAGACUGAAAUCACCAUGCAGUCCACAGUGCAGCUCAGGACAGAGUAUGACCCCCGAACUCAGGUCUUCUACACCACAGCCGAGCCCACUUCCCAGAUCUCUGUUCAGCCCAUCAAUACGGCUCAGACCAGGAGCAACCCAAGUGACUAUUACUGCAGCAAUGCCAACGCCAACAGGAGCAGCAGCAGCAAUCUAAACAACAACAAUAGCGGGAGCCGGAGCAAUGGUGGGUCCAGAGGUCCCGCCACCUUUCCCCACCAUCACCCCGCACCUCCUCCUGCAGCCCCGCCGGCUAGCUCGCUUCCUCAGUUUGAUGCGGCCUCGUCGGCGGCUCAGAGCCCGGAGAACAACAGCUCCACACGGAACCUGUUGUCCCAGUUUGGAGAAGCCUCGCUGGGCCUGCGCUGCCUGGAGCCUCGCUGCUCCCGCUGGACCCUGGCUUCUUUUGCUGAGAAGCACUAUGCCCCGUUUCUCCUGCAGCCCACCACCAAGGUGGUGGUGAUCGUGCUCUUUCUCUGCCUGCUGGUCGUCAGUUUGUACGGGACCACCCAGGUGAAGGACGGCCUGGAGCUGACGGACAUCGUGCCCAGGGAGACCAGCGAGUACGACUUCAUCGGCGCCCAGUUCAAGUUCUUCUCCUUCUACAACAUGUACGUGGUGACGCAGCGGGCCGAAUACGCCAAGAUCCAGCCGCUGAUGCACCAGCUCCACCGGAGGUUCCUCACCGUCCGCUACGUGCUGAAGGAGGACGACGGGCAGCUGCCGCGCAUGUGGCUUCACUACUUCAGGGACUGGCUGCAAGGUCUUCAGCAGGCGUUUGACAAGGACUGGGAGGCCGGCCGCAUCACCCUCAACAGCUACAAGAACGCCUCUGACGAUGGCGUCCUGGCGUACAAGCUCUUGGUGCAGACGGGACGCAGAGAGAAGCCCAUCAACUUCAACCUGUUGACUCGUCAAAGGCUUGUGGACGCAGAUGGGAUCAUCAACCCCGGGGCUUUCUACAUCUAUCUGACCGCCUGGGUCAGCAACGACCCCGUGGCGUACGCCGCCUCGCAGGCCAACAUCCGCCCACACCCUCCAGAGUGGCCCCACGACCGCACCGACUCCAUGCCCGAGACACGCCUCAGCAUCCCGGCUGCCGAGCCCAUCGAAUACGCACAGUUUCCCUUCUACCUCAACGGGCUCCGCGAGACGCCGCAGUUUGUGGAGGCCAUCGAGAGCGUGCGAGCCAUUUGCAGCAACUACAGCCGACAGGGCCUGCCCUCCUACCCCAACGGCUACCCCUUCCUGUUCUGGGAACAGUACAUUAGUCUGCGCCACUGGCUCCUGCUGUCCAUCAGCGUCGUGCUUGCCUGCACCUUUCUGGUCUGCGCGCUCUUCCUGCUCAACCCGUGGACCGCCGGCAUCAUCGUGUUGGUGCUGUCCCUCAUGACUGUGGAGCUGUUUGGCUUCAUGGGGCUGAUGGGAAUCAAGCUGAGCGCCGUGCCGGUGGUGAUCCUCAUCGCCUCCGUGGGCAUCGGAGUGGAGUUCACCGUCCAUGUGGCCCUGGCAUUCCUGACCGCCAUAGGGGAUCGUCACAGGCGGGCCGUGCUGGCAUUGGAGCACAUGUUCGCUCCGGUGCUCGACGGAGCCUUCUCUACCUUAUUAGGGGUCCUGAUGCUCGCAGGCUCCGAGUUCGACUUUAUCGUCAGGUAUUUCUUUGCCGUGUUGGCCAUUCUCACAGUUCUGGGAGUCCUGAAUGGUCUCGUACUUCUCCCAGUGUUACUGUCAUACUUUGGCCCCUAUCCAGAGGUCACACCUGUGGAUGGUCGUAGCCGGUUACCGACCCCGUCCCCAGACGCCCAACCUCACGUGGUCCACUUCUCAGUCCGACCUCACCACACAACCACGGCCACCAUCUCCGGUGCAGCCUCAGACUCUUCUGACUCAGAGUACAGCUCCAACACGACGGUGUCCGGCAUCAGCCAGGAGGUGCAGAACUACAACCUGCCCUCGCGCAGAGGGGCAACCCGAGCAGAGGAGCAGCAGUACCACCUCCAGACCAGCAGAGGCAGAGCUGUCAGGCCAGAGGAGGACAGGAGAGCAGGAUCAGGGCACAGGCGCUCAGCCAGACAGCCCGACCCUCCGGCCAAUGUGACUUCGUCUGUCUCCUCUCAGGGUUGUGAUUCUGGGCCCCGACCAGGAGCCACUCGGCGCAACAGCGGCAGGAACCCCAAGAGCCAGCUGCACUGGCAGGUCCCGCCCCCAGCCCGCCCGCGCAUGGACGCUUUUGAAACUCCUACUGAGGCUGGGGGCCAUUAUGGCUCAAACAGCCAUAGAGAACACUCAGCAGGCAACAGAGCCCGCUCUUCCCACAACCCACAACCUAACCACCACCUCCCACACCAUCACCCCAACUCUACCCAAUAUUGCCAACCCAUCACUACGGUAACAGCGUCGGCCUCCGUCACCGUUGCCGUUCACCCGGCCCCCUUGUCCAAUCAGGGCCCCUCCACUUCCUCUUACCCAGGGUACACUGCAACAGACAGUUACUGCCCCUCAGGGCCAGAGGCGCCCGAGGCUGCUUUCCAGGACCCACACGUGCCGCUGGACACCCAGACAGGGUCCAGGGGAGACACGGUGGAGGCCAUGGAGCUCCAAGAUUUGGAGUUUGAGGCAGCUGAGAGCAACCACGGCAGACGGGCGAGCUGAGUUGUGGGGAACGGAAGUACAACGGCCAAAGAUGGACUCCUCUCUAUUACUAAGCAGCUGACCUGGCCUGGCAAAGCCCGGCUCACCACCCCCCCCCCCCCCCCCCCGACCUUAAAAAGCGAAAAGACUUGCCAGUGUUGCCGUCAUGGUCAUGGUGCUCAUUCUUACUGUAACCCAGUGGACUUCUGUCUUAGAUAUUAGAUUCUAUCAAUAUUUAAAAGAUGUAUACAUAUGUAAAUAUGAACAAAAAGUAGCUAUAAUUUUAGGAGCCGUACAACUCCUCAUGGUAACAGACUGGGGCUGCCAUUUUUUAUGGUGUGUGUAAGGGUGUCUGCGUGUGUGUGUGUGUGAGUGUUAAUGUGUGUGACUGAGUGAGUGAGUGAGAGAAAGAAAGAGAGAGAGAGAGAGAGAUAGAUUUCUGAUUACUGUUCACUCAUCUGUGGAUCUGUGCCAUUAGGAAGCUUCAUCCAGACAAAUGUACCUGUCAGCACGCAACGCUGAUGCUCAAAAUAUUUUUUUAAAUGAUAUACAUUUAUAACUCUAUGCAAAUGUCUUUUUAAACAAAACAAGUGAUCUGUCUACUUAUGUGUGUGUGUGUGUGUCUGUGCGUAUACAUGUGUUUUUGUAUUUGUGUGAAUGUGUGUGUUUGUAUACAUGUUUGUGUGUGUGUGUGUGUGUGUGUGCAGGGUUCUAUGAUGUGAAACAGCCCCAUUAUUUUCUGCCUUCUACAUCAGAUUCAUCCUCAGAACAGACUAACAGUUACACUCAUUUAAAACAUGAGGGAAAUUGUUAUAGUCAUCAAACAGGGCCAUGGUAUAUAUAUAUAUUUGUGUGUGUGUUUGUGUGUCUUUUGUGUGUUCAUUAUUGUAUAAAGGUACGCAUCUUAAACUAUUAAUUUUUUUUAUCACAAACCUGUGGUAGUUAUGAAACAAUUACUGUUUAACUUGACACGCUAUGCGUGCUAUUUAAGAUGAGCAGAUAUGAAGAAUUUUGUUUUGUUUUGUUUUUUGGUUAUGGCCUCUGCAUUGGAACCUGUUUCUGCUCUCAGCUUUGUAUCAGUGUUCGGCUGCUCUCUGGUUUUAUUUUUUACUGUAAAGGUUGUUUUGUUUAACCCUAGCAGGCUCAAUACAGGUUCUGUCAUUUAAACUGACACACAAAUAUCAAACCCACCUCAGAAACUCGCGGUGCCAUUACAGGGACAUUCACGUUACUGAUUUUCUUCUGGAACAGGGUCAACAACAGGGGGCUCUAACUCUGCUCCCUUAGUGACUGUGUCUAACGGAUAAGCUAAAGUUCAAACUGUAUACUGUACGACCACGUACAACUUCGCACUCGAUUACGUUCAAACGUCAUUCUCACCAAUAUCUCACCUCAAGUUACUUUUUGUGUCUGUUCAACCAAUAAGCUAGCCCCUGCAGCCUGCUCAGGGCUAAGCCCUAUAUGGCCUGACAGUGUGUCUAAUGUGUGUCUUAGUUUAUAAGUGUGUAAACAUUCAUGUUUGUGUGUACUAGUUUAUCCUCUUAAUCUCUCCCAGUUCUCCUUUAGUGACAGUAAAGAUAACUGGCCCCAAUUUGGCCUCAGCGUCCUCUCUGACCUCAGCUCAUAAAAAUCCACAACAUAACGCCAUGACACUAAUUGGGACCCCUCACCCCUUCCUCCAAAUGCCAAAUGGCACAGCCCAUAGCCUCAGGGGGGUGAGUUUACACCGCCAGCACCUCGCUUCACUUGCAAUGGCCAGUUUCUAUCUGUAUGUGCGUCUAUGUCAGCAUGCAAAUGUGUGACCCCCCCACCCCACCCUCCCCGACCCCCUGGUUCCAGACUUUUAGGUCCCUCAAUCACUGCCUCCACACCUCAGUUUGCCUCUCACUUCCUGUUGAACACAUGUAGCUCCUCCCUGAAGUCUUAGCAGUUCUACACUCUCUGUCCACCGUGUUACGUCAGCUGCUUGCAUGAAAGAGGUUGUUCUGUAUUUUGUUUUAUGUUUUUUGUUUUCUCCCGAUGUCACAUUGGCAGUAGCGGAGAGAAUCAUCGCUGGCAACUAUUUUAUUCAUUUUUAAAUGUUCUUGUUUUCAACGUUGAAUUGCGAUAUUUAUAUUUUUGUAAUAUAAAACAUGUUUUUGUUCUUUUCUUUCAUCAAUGUUGUGAUGCCAGUGGAUAAAAAAUGCAGGGAUUUUUAUGUCUAUUGAAAAAAAAACACUAUUACAGUUUAUUCUGUAUAAAGUGAUCUGUAUAAAGUGCUUACUAAUGUUAAAUAGGAAAAAAAGAGUAUAUAACAUUUUACACUACAGGUCUCAUCAUAGCUCUUAGAGGAUUUUAAAAGGAAAAAAAAAUCAGUGGUUCUUCCAGACUACCAUUUUGGUCUUGGUUGGCGUGGAUGUAUGCUGUUUUCAGUUACAAAGAUAAAUGUAUGCCAUAUAAUUUAUUUAUAUGAAAAUUUAUUUUUGUAGUGUACAUAGUAGUUGUCAAGGUAUUUGACAGAAGUAUAUUUUUAAAGAGUUUAUAUGUAAUGAUAUACCAUAACAGAAAAGGUGCACACUUUCAUUGCUAACUGUCUUUUGAGACAACAUCAACACCUCCCCCUUCAGUAUUAUGUUCCAAUCCUUGGAGAGAGACAGCUGUUUCUAUGGGUUCGUCAAAGGCUAGCCAUGAAAGUAGAAAAUUGUACUAGCUCUCUAAAUAUUAAUGUUCAAACACUGAUAGAAUUCUAACAAAUAAAAAUAUUAUAACUUAUUUGUCUCUUUGUUCAUAACUUUAAUAAAUGGAAACUUAAAAAGA